GCCGCGCUGCCGGACUCGUGCCUGGCCGGCGCCGAUGAGAGCCUGCACUUCGCCAAGUAUGGCCGCCGCCCUGGCGACACGGAGCUGGCCGCUAUGGCUGGCAAAGAUGGCGGCCACGUCAACGGAGCGGCCGGCGGCGGCCAGGAGGCGAGCGGCGAAGGCCUGUCGGGCGACAAGAUCGACGAGUGGCAGGCCGGCUGGAACGUCACCAACGCCAUCCAGGGCAUGUUCAUCGUCUCGCUGCCGUACACAGUGCUCCACGGAGGUUACUGGGCCAUCGUCGCCAUGAUUGGCGUCGCUUACAUCUGCUGCUACACCGGGAAAAUUCUGGUGGAUUGCCUGUAUGAGGAGACGCCCGACGGUCAGCUGGUGCGCGUGCGGGACAGCUACGUCAGCAUCGCCAAGAUGUGCUUCGGACCGCGCUGGGGCGCACGCAUCGUCAACGUGGCGCAGCUGAUCGAGCUGCUCAUGACCUGCAUUCUGUACGUGGUGCUGUGCGGUGACCUCCUGAUCGGCAUGUUCCCGCAAGGUCAGAUCGACACGCGCUCGUGGAUGAUGCUGUGCGGAAUGCUGCUCAUCCCAUGCGGCUUCCUGAAGAACCUGCACCACGUCAGCACACUCAGCUUCUGGUGCACGAUGGCGCACCUGGUCAUCAAUAUCUUCAUCUUCGGCUACUGCCUCUCCUGGGCCGGCGAGUGGGGCUGGUCCCAGGUGAAGUUUCGCAUCGACUUCCUGCACUUCCCGAUCGGACUGGGCAUCAUCGUGUUCUCGUACACGUCGCAGAUAUUCCUGCCGUCGCUGGAGGGCAACAUGCGCGACCCUGGCAGGUUCGAGUGCAUGCUCAACUGGUCACACAUCGCCGCCGCCGCGUUCAAGUCCUUGUUCGGCUACAUUGGCUUUCUGACCUGGCAGGGCGCCACUCAAGAGGUCAUCACCAACAACCUGCCAUCACAGAGCUUCAAGCAGCUCAUUAACUUCUUCCUGGUGGUCAAGGCGCUGCUGUCAUACCCGCUGCCGUACUACGCCGCUUGCGAGCUGUUGGAGAGAACCUACUUCAAGGGUCGGCCCUACACUGUGAUGCCGUCGAUCUGGGCCCUGGAUGGUGAGCUACGCACCUUUGGCUUAGCCUUCCGCGUACUGGUGGUGGUCUUCACCAUCAUCAUGGCCGCCAUCAUCCCACACUUCGCCAUCCUGAUGGGGUUCAUCGGCAGCAUUACUGGAGUCAUGCUCAGCUUUAUCUGGCCCUGCUACUUCCAUCUGAAGCUCAAGUGGGACGUCCUCUCCUGGUUCACCCGGGGCUACGACAUGUUCGUGAUCUUCCUCGGCUGCCUGUUUGGACUGUGCGGCAUCUACACGUCAGGACGCGCCCUGGUCGAGGCCUAUCGUAUUGGGCUGCCUUUCUGAGCGGUCGCGCCACCCGGCGCAGGUGAGUUCUUCACGACUGCACGUGAAGUUAUACUCCGCGACAAGAAACCGAGUCAUCUACGGUGGGCAACGGAGUCUUCCACGUUGAGUAAUCGAGUCUUCCACACUGAGUCUUCCAGACUGGGAAACCGAGUCUUCCAUGUCGGCCAGCGACAUUCACGCUGGCGGCAGGUGUUAAGCGCGGACGCGACGCGCUGGUGGCAGUGCCGCCGGACUACGGCUUCCAGCGUUGCGAGCUAGUGCAAGCAAGUCUUCCCUCUGUUGAAUGUGAUGGUGUGCCAUGUUGUGAUGUCCAGUGUAGAAUGCUUGGUGUCCUGUUGUGUACUUUGUAUAUCUAAGGUGAGCUAGUGCGGGAGGAUGAGCGAACGGCGGGCGGCUGGAAUCAAUACCAGGGCCUGGCCAAGCGCUGAAGCACUCCUCGGGCGAUUCCAGACCCGAAAAUCUGAUAAUAUCGUUUACAUGGAAAGAUGGGCGAGGUAUCACAACUACGUGCCAUUUUUUCUGCGGGCAUCGUUCGGCUCUUUGCGGCCUUUGUCGUGGGUUAUUUGCAGUGCGUUACAUGGGACAAAGUUCAAAUAACAGCAAUGGAGCUUUGGUGUUCAUUUUGCUGGACCUAAUCUUUUUAAUGCGAAUCAAUCGAAUUUCGAAUUACGAACUGCAGAAUCGCAGCAUCCUUUCCUCCCCUCCCUGUGGUGCCCCAGUUGGCGUGCCGUGACUGUGGCCGGUGGGUGAGCAGCGUCCUCCCGGAGAGGCGUGGCCGCUCGCCGCGCCGCGGCCCGGG